UUAAACAAUCUAUAUCAGUACAGCACAAACCUAUUAUGUUUAAUCAUUAAUGUAUUCUUUCUAAGCUAGGCAUCACGUCUAGUUGUAAGAGAAUAGAUCCCCCCACUAACCCUUUGGCUCACUUACCCCACUCUACCCUAUUAUGAAUUGUAUGACUUUGGACAGGGAUGGGGUUUAGUUGGUAUUUUGGGUGGGGAGAUGGGAUGAGGGAGGUUUGUAGGGCUUUAUGUUAUUUUAUCAGUAAAGGGCUAGGUAGGAGAAUAUAAGAUAGUCAUAUGAAGCCGGCCUCACUCUCCAGGGCAGUAGGUGGCGGUAUAUACUCUGAAACGUUAGUUGCGAUCCGCCAAUAAAAAUUCUAAGAAGAAGACUACAUCAAAGAUUUUACACUGAGGUAUGUUCUAUCUGUGACUACAUGUUAACAUGUCCCUUGUACUCUUGCGUAUACACAGUGCGCCUUACGUAACCGCCCAGGCUCACUUUCUAAUUGGCGCAGAAGCUGUCAGUCCAAACCAUGCUCUCCAAUGGGCUUUCUGCUUUCUGUCAAACACAGACCGCCAUGUUCUGUCCCCGGAGGCUUGGAGAAAUCUUGGAGCGUAGUCUGAGUGCGUAAACAGGGUUCUGGGCUUCAAACUCCGCGCUGGGUUUAUCCUAAAGAACUCAACUAAUCGAUAUGAGCCGUCCGUCCUCUGCGGGCGGUGGGGGCGGAGGACUCGGCGCCGGGAAAGCAGGAGGAGGAAAGCACGGAGGUUCGGGAGGAGCUGCUGCCUCAGCUGCAGCCGCCGGAGUAGGAGCUGUGGCCGGGUCUGGCUCGGCUCUACCUGUCGCUGCUGUUGCCUUGCCCUCAGCAGCGCUACCUGGACAAGCUGCUGAACUUACAGCCUUGUUCGAGUGCCCGGUUUGUUUUGACUACGUUCUGCCACCGAUUCUGCAAUGCCAGGCCGGACAUCUAGUUUGCAACCAAUGUCGUCAAAAGCUGAGUUGUUGUCCGACUUGUCGCGGCCCUCUCACCCCGAGUAUCAGGAACUUGGCUAUGGAAAAAGUUGCCUCUACUCUACCGUUUCCUUGUAAGUACGUGUCAGCCGGAUGCCUGCUGUCCCUCCACCACAGCGAGAAGCCUGAACACGAGGAGGUGUGUGAGUUCCGUCCCUACACCUGCCCGUGCCCUGGGGCCUCCUGUAAGUGGCAGGGCUCCCUGGAGGCCGUCAUGCCCCACCUGAUGCACGCCCACAAGUCCAUCACCACCCUGCAGGGAGAGGACAUUGUCUUCCUGGCCACAGACAUCAACCUACCUGGGGCCGUGGACUGGGUCAUGAUGCAGUCCUGCUUCGGCCACCACUUCAUGCUGGUCCUGGAGAAGCAGGAGAAGUAUGAGGGCCAUCAGCAGUUCUUUGCUGUGGUGCUGCUCAUCGGCACGAGGAAGCAGGCCGAGAACUUCGCCUACCGCCUGGAGCUCAACGGGAACCGGCGGCGCCUCACCUGGGAGGCCACGCCCCGCUCCAUCCACGAUGGUGUGGCGGCCGCCAUCAUGAACAGUGACUGUCUGGUGUUUGACACGUCCAUCGCUCACCUGUUCGCCGACAACGGCAACCUGGGGAUCAACGUUACCAUCUCCAUGUGCUGAGCGGCUCAGAUAUGAAAACACACACAUACACACAGGCUUCUCUCGUUCUUAGACUUACACAUGUGAUGGACAGAAACCGGUGCACAGUGACUGACUGCUGUGCUGUACCUGCCUCAUGUGUGAUUCAGUAGAGUGUGUGUGAGAGGACAGGUGGGAUAUGGAGAGGAUGUGUGUGUGUUUUGCUGCUUGAGGCUCGUUGGCUCCCCAUAAUGCUUGAAUGGAGACUGGCCUGUAGAGUAGUUUCAGAGUUAGGGUGUUUGCCUGUCCUCACAUUGUGUGUGCUGGAGACAGUGUACAGUAACCUACAUGUGGUGGGCUUGUGAUGACUGAUGCCCUAACCGCCCCCAGGACCCCUCACCACCCCACUCACCCCUACCGCCUCUUCUGCCCAGCCAACCAGUGCCAGGUAAGAAGGGCACUGCCAGGGUAAGAAAGGGCGGUCAGUCAAUUGGCUGCCACACAUCGGUAUUCAGAGAAGCUCCACUUCAAACGUGAAUGGCCCCUGCAGAUGCAGCUUCCUAAUCCUCACAGUGAAUUAAGUUUCAGUAAGUUGGUUAGUGGACCAAUCAGGCCUCAGACGCAUAUGGGCGGAGUCGGGCCUGAGAGUGACCAAUGCGCUGCCUCAGUCUGGGUUAGUGUGAGCUAAGCUGGGGUUGCUCAUGCUCUGCUAAACGAUUGCACUGACUACUAACCAACUCCUUACUUUUCAGAACAGCAAGCUGCAAAACUCAACCGUUUCCUUAAUUAGACUAUGUCAUGGUUAUUAAAACCAGCUUAUGUUAUGUCCAAAGUGUCUAUGAAAUGAUGAUGAUGAAGAUGAUGGUGACAUUGUAAAUGGGCAGUUGUGUGUAUCAGGGUUUGGGUCAAUUCCAUUUAAAUUCCAGUCAAUUCAUAAAGUAAACAAAAUUCCAAUUCCAAGUGUUCCUCAUUGAAAAGCGUUGACGAGAAUUGGUAUUGGAAUUUCAGUGUACUUCCUGAAUUGACUGGAAUUUAAAUGGAAUUGAGCCCAACCAUGGUGUGUAUAAUACAUAUUGGUGAUAGAUCCUAAUCUGAUUGUAAUCAAAAGACUGCAUGUAUGUCCGCCAUGUAGAAUAAAGACACAGAUCCGA